GAGAGAGAGAAAGAGAGAGAGAGAGAGAGUUUAUAGACAUGAUGUCCUACAUGAAGCAGCCUCAUUACUCAGUGAACGGCUUGACUCUGUCCGGUUCCGGGAUGGACCUCCUGCACUACCCCAACACUGCGCGGAAGCAGCGGCGCGAGAGAACCACGUUCACGCGCGCGCAGCUCGACAUCCUCGAGACACUGUUCGCCAAGACACGGUACCCGGAUAUCUUCAUGAGAGAGGAAGUGGCUCUCAAGAUCAACCUGCCCGAGUCCAGAGUCCAGGUGUGGUUUAAGAACCGUCGCGCGAAAUGCCGCCAACAGCAGCAGCAACAGACCAGUGGUCAGACCAAACCCAGACCACCAAAGAAGAAGUCGUCUCCGGCCCGAGAGCCCAGCGCCAGCGAGCCCAGCGCCAGCACCAACGGCCCCUACAGCCCUCCACCUCCUCCAGCCCCGAGCUCCAGCUCCACUAGUGCCACCGUGUCCAUCUGGAGCCCGGCCUCCGUCUCUCCGCUCCAGGACCCUCUGUCGGUCUCCAGCACGCCCUGCCUGCAGCGCUCCAGCGCCUACCCCAUGACCUACACCCAGGCCCCGGCCUACGGGCAGAGCUACGCCGCCUCCUCGUCCUACUUCACCGGGCUGGACUGCAGCUUGUAUCUGUCCCCCAUGCACCCGCAGCUGUCGGCCACAGGGGGCGCUCUCAGCCCCAUGAGUGCAGCACUCGGCCAGUCGCCCGCCUCGCUCUCGUCGCAGGGCUACACUGCCGCGUCCCUGGGCUUCGGCGCCGUCGACUGCUUAGACUACAAAGACCAAACGGCGUCCUGGAAGCUGAACUUCAAUGCUGCGGACUGUCUGGACUACAAAGACCAGAACUCCUGGAAAUUCCAGGUCCUGUAGAGCGUCUAGAAGAAGCUUCACUGCACUUCUAAACGGUUCCAAAGCGGGGAGGUUUUAGCUGCAAUGCCAGAAAUGGACAAUUAUUGGUUCCCCAAUGAACCUUUGAGAGUAAAGUGGAAAGAAUCUGCUGAUUUUUUUUUUUUUUAAUCCUCAGUGUUGGGGAUAGCGCAUUACAAGCAACGCAAGUUAUGUAAUCAGAUUACUUUUUUUCCAAGUAACUAGUAAAGUAAUGCAUUACUUUUUAAUUGAAAUAUGCAAGGAACUUUUUCAAAUAAGAGUUACUUUGCUUUCCAUCAGCCUGAGGCUUAUUAAUAUCUCUGGUAUGAAAGGUCCUUUAGAGUUGGCAAAAAUAAAAUUUUUGUUACUAAAAAACAAAUAAGCCCCGCCCAUGAGAAAAAAGUAACUCAAAAGUAAUGCAUUUCCAUACGUGAUGCAAUAUUGUAAUGGAAUACUUCUAAAAGUAACUUUCCCCAACACUCAUAUAACUACUAAUGGUUUUAAUGCUUAAAAUGGAGAUUGUAUUGGUUUUAAUGGAAACUGUAAAAGUCCCCUACUGGUAAUUUGUUGCCUUGUAUUAGUGGCGUGUUAAAACCACUGAAUACUGAUAGAAUUUGGCCCAAAACUCACUACUUACUCUC